AGUAGAUGGUACGCCUAAUGUCCUAGUAUGCUGUUGGUUCCGCAGAGACAGGGCUUCGCCGUAACCAAACGAAUGAGAGACGACAGAUUUCGGAGGAUGGUUAGGUUGAGGGAUGGCCAAGCGCCUCGUCUCCUGUGCAAGUGUUCGCUAACGCCUUGGUCAGAUGUUCUCGGCUGUGAACGAAAAUGGUCAGGCAACUGCGCGGAACUUUGGGAGGCUGCGUCGGGAAUCGGACUCUGGCGCUGUUGGUGACCCUGAAAGGGAGAUGGGAGAAGACCUCAGGAGGAGAGUAAUCGGCGGAUAUAAAGCGCUCUGGUGAGCUGUGUAAACCUCGAUACAACUCAGUUCGUCACUCACUCGACUUCAGCGCCCUCAGACGCAAAGGUCUGGCUUGCUUGUUGUGAUUAUGAGAGCUUCACGGCUGGCAGUUUGGCACGCCUGGUCCGUUUCAAUCCUGUGUUUCGCUCUUUUCGUUUCUCCCCACCCUACAGGUUCCGUCGCGGGGAAUAAUGUCUCUUUCGCCCGUGAUGUCGGCGCCCCCGACUUCUACGCCCGCAUCUUGCUUUUGGGUGGUUCGAUUGUGUUUGGAGUUGGGUCUUUGGAUGGCAAUGGCUUUCGAAAACCUCUGCGGGACGCCCUGAGGCAAGCAGGGUGGAAGGUGAACAUGGUGGGAAAUCGGGCCAACGGGCCUAUGAAGGACAACUCUGUAGAGGCCAAGUCCGGCGACCGCGUCGAUCAGAUUCACGAGGCAGCAAAAGCAUCUUUCAAAUACCAGCCAAACAUUGUCUUGAUCAAUGGCGGGACCAACGACUGCGACCAGGAUUACGAUCUGGACAAUAUAGGGGCACGGAUGGAGGCUCUAUUAGACGAUCUCUUCAACGAGAUUAAGGGGACGACGAUCAUCCUGUCGACUGUAAUCCCCUCUAACAAAGACAGCAUUGCCUCUAGGCGUAUGAAAGUCAACAACCGGUACCGAAGCCUGGUAUAGUACCGACGCCGGGUUCUCAAUCAGAAGAUCGUGCUUGCCGAUAUAGAUACUCCGGGGACGACGUUUCUCACCACAGCGGACCUCACCGGAGAUGGAAUCCACCCAACCGACGAAGGCCACCGCAAGAUGGUCGCCAUGUUCCUUCGAGCCAUC